UCUAGGCGGCCCGCGCGGGCAGCGGCGCGGCGCCGAGGAAGGGGCGGCCUGGCUCGGACGCGGCGGGGCCGGGGCCGAGGAGCGCUCCGGGCCGCCAGGGGAGCGACGGGCUCGGCGCUCCCGCGGACGAGUCGCGGCGGGAGAGUGGACACUCCUCGCCAUCGCCCGAGCCCAGGUUAUCCUGAAUACCACAUGCCUAAUAAUUUUCCUUGCAACGUUAGUCAUUGUUUUUCACUGCCUCCAAAAGAUCAAAAUUUCUCCGGAAAUUGGAGACCUAUUUGAUUUAAAAGAAUAACUUUGACAAAUGGACAAUAUGUCUAUUACAAAUACACCAACAAGUAAUGAUGCCUGUCUGAGCAUUGUACAUAGUUUGAUGUGCCAUAGACAAGGUGGAGAGAGUGAAACAUUUGCAAAGAGAGCAAUUGAAAGUUUGGUAAAGAAGCUGAAGGAGAAAAAAGAUGAACUGGAUUCUUUAAUAACAGCUAUAACUACAAAUGGAGCUCAUCCUAGCAAAUGUGUUACCAUACAGAGAACAUUGGAUGGGAGGCUUCAGGUGGCUGGUCGGAAAGGAUUUCCUCAUGUGAUAUAUGCCCGUCUCUGGAGGUGGCCUGAUCUUCACAAAAAUGAACUCAAACAUGUUAAAUAUUGUCAGUAUGCAUUUGACUUAAAAUGUGAUAGUGUCUGUGUAAAUCCAUAUCACUAUGAACGAGUUGUAUCACCUGGAAUUGAUCUCUCAGGAUUAACACUGCAGAGUAAUGCUCCACCAAGUAUGUUGGUGAAGGAUGAAUAUGUUCAUGACUUUGAAGGGCAGCCAUCAUUAUCCACUGAAGGUCAUUCAAUUCAAACCAUCCAGCAUCCACCAAGUAAUCGUGCCUCAACGGAGACAUACAGCACCCCAGCUCUGUUAGCUCCAUCUGAGUCUAAUGCUACCAGCACCACCAACUUUCCCAACAUUCCUGUGGCUUCCACAAGUCAGCCUGCCAGUAUACUGGCAGGCAGCCAUAGUGAAGGAUUGUUGCAGAUAGCUUCAGGGCCUCAGCCAGGACAGCAGCAGAAUGGAUUUACUGGUCAGCCAGCUACUUACCAUCAUAACAGCACUACCACCUGGACUGGAAGUAGGACUGCACCAUACACACCUAAUUUGCCUCACCACCAAAACGGCCAUCUUCAGCACCACCCGCCUAUGCCGCCCCAUCCCGGACAUUACUGGCCAGUUCACAAUGAGCUUGCAUUCCAGCCUCCCAUUUCCAAUCAUCCUGCUCCUGAGUAUUGGUGUUCCAUCGCUUACUUUGAAAUGGAUGUUCAAGUUGGAGAGACAUUUAAGGUUCCUUCAAGCUGCCCUAUUGUUACUGUUGAUGGAUAUGUGGACCCUUCUGGAGGAGAUCGCUUUUGCUUGGGUCAACUCUCGAAUGUCCACAGGACAGAAGCCAUUGAAAGAGCAAGGUUGCACAUAGGCAAAGGUGUGCAGCUGGAAUGUAAAGGUGAAGGUGAUGUUUGGGUCAGGUGCCUUAGCGACCAUGCAGUCUUUGUGCAGAGUUACUACUUAGACAGAGAAGCGGGGCGUGCACCUGGAGAUGCUGUUCAUAAGAUCUACCCAAGUGCAUAUAUAAAGGUCUUUGAUUUGCGUCAGUGUCAUCGGCAGAUGCAGCAGCAGGCGGCCACUGCUCAAGCUGCAGCCGCUGCGCAGGCCGCCGCCGUGGCAGGAAACAUCCCUGGCCCUGGAUCAGUAGGUGGAAUAGCUCCAGCUAUCAGUUUGUCAGCUGCUGCCGGCAUUGGUGUCGAUGACCUUCGCCGUUUGUGCAUACUCAGGAUGAGUUUUGUGAAGGGCUGGGGACCGGAUUACCCAAGACAGAGCAUCAAAGAAACGCCUUGCUGGAUCGAGAUUCACUUACACCGGGCCCUCCAGCUCUUAGAUGAAGUGCUUCAUACCAUGCCUAUUGCUGACCCACAGCCUUUAGACUGAGGUCUUUCAGUGUUGGGGCCCUUAACAUUGUCAGGAUGGUGGACUAUAAAAUACAAUCCUGUUUAUAAUCUGAAGAUAUAUUUCACUUUUGUUCUGCUUUUUUCAUAAAGGGUUGAAAAGUGUGUUUGCUGCCUUGCUCCUAGCAGACAGAAACUGGAUUAAAACAAUUUUUUUUCCUACUUAGAACUUUUCAGGCAUGGCUCAGAGCUUGAAGAUCAGGAAAAACACAUUCUUAUUAAAUCUUUACCAGUUAUGUAUGAAGGAAUCAUUCCAGUGCUGGAAAAUUUAGCCCUUUAAAAUGUCUUAGAGCCUUUUAUAUGCAGAACAUUGAUACAUGUGUUAUUCUACAGAAUAAAUUCAAUAUUGCUGAUUUUAAAGGAGAGAAGUUCUCAAAGUUAAUUCACCUAUGUUAUUUUGUGUGCAAGUUGUUAUUAUUGAACAUACUUUACUCCAAAAUAUUGUGCCAUGUGGGUGAGUUAAUUUUACCAAGAGCAACUUCACUCUGUGUUUAAAAAAUAAGAUAGUAAUGUAUUAUAUAACCUUUUAUCCAAAAUAUUUUUUUGCAAGUUAAAACGAGUGAAGACGAUUUCAAUUCAGAUGGUCUUGCAACUUCAGUUUUAUUUUUGCCAAGGCAAAACACUAAUCUGUGUGUAUACUGGGAAUUCCUUAAAAUCACCCACAAAAAUACACCAUUUAAAAUUUACACUUGUUAUCCCUGUUCAGGGUAACUAUUUGUCAAGAAAUAUUCUUUUGCCCUGUUAUACAGUAGAUAUAUUCUUUUAUAUUUCUAGGCACAAGGUGGUCACUACGGAGCCUAGAAGAGGAAUUUCUUUCCUUCAUUAAUUCAUAAGGAAAGGUUUUGUAUUUUUAAAAACACUAAAGGCAGUGUCACUUCACCUAAUAUCUCACCAUUCUGCAAAAGUGGCAAUGCUUAAACUAAGUGAGUAUUUUGGAAACUGCUAAAUUCUAUGUUAAAUACUGUGCAGAAUAAUGGAAACAUUACAGUUCAUAAUAGCUAGUUUGGAUAUUUUUGUACUUGAUUUGAUGUGUGACUUUUUUUUUUUCGUAUACUGUUUAAAUCAUGUAUGUUUUGACAUUGUUUAAAAUUCAGUUUUUGUAUCUUGGGGCAAGACUGCAAACUUUUUUAUACCUUUUGGUUAUUCUAAGCCCUUUGCCAUCAAUGAUCACAUUAAUUGGCAGUGACUUUGUAUAGAGAAUUUAAGUAGAAAAGUUGCAAAUGUAUUGACUGUACCACAGACACAAUAUGUAUGCUUUUUACUUAGCUAGUAGCCUAAAUAAAACCGAAUCUCAACAUACAAAGUUGAAUUCUAGGUUUGGUUUUUAAGUUUUGUUUUCUUUUGCACUUUUGAGUUGAACCUCAGAAGCAAGAUACCUUCUACUAAAUGACAGGCAACAGCCAGUGCUAUUGGACAGCUUUGGUUUCCCUCACACUCUGCCAGGACUUCCCCACAGACAUUAUGUAUCGAGUGUAGAGUUGGUUGGGGUUUUUUUGUUUUGUUUUGUUUUAUUUUGUUUUAGCUUUUAUUUUACUGUAGCAAAAUAGGCCUGAUUGUCUACAAGGUAAAUAGGUUGUCUACAGGAUAAAAUAGUGUGAAAUAAAACCAAGGAUUAUCUUUCAGAUGCUUUUGUGUUUUGCUUGGAGGGCCUUCUUAGGUGUAAUAAGAUUCUUGAAGGUGUGUUAUAAGUAUGAGAUUUGAGAAACACUUAGAAUAGUCAUCCUUAAAUGACUUAAACGAAUAAGUCUUCUACUUCCUUGCUCAGAAGGUCAUCUUCAGAAGACCAUCCUAGGAGAACCACUGAGUUUGCUUAUUGUGAUUUAAACAUAGAUCUGGAUCCAAGCUACAUGUUUUUUUUUUUGUUUGUUUUAAAAUAUUUUCUCUGCCAAGCUCAUUUGAACUCUUGAGUACUUACGGAUACUUUUGUUAAAGACCAAAUUUUAAUCUGUAAAAGUUUGGUGAUUUAAGUUUUAUUGGCAGAUUUUUUUAAAAAAGAUCAUCUUCAUUCUCUAGAAAUUGCUGACUUUAGGUCCAUUUUACUGUGAAUGAAGAAUAGGAGUGAUGAGAGAUUUUUUAAAUCCAGAUUAUUUGAUUAGGAUCAUUUGAUUAGCAUGCUGUGAUAUAAUCCGUUGCCUCCUUUUCUCCUUUGAGGAAGGUUUUCAUGUUUAAAUCGUCUGGGGAAAGUGUGUGGAAAUAUUUGCUAAAAAGUCUUUCUUUGAGGCCAAGCCACCUGUCUUGGUUUCUUUCUACUAAGAGCCAUAAUGUUAACUACCAGUAUGUAGCAUUACUUCUAGUUGUUAAUUGCUUUAUGUUUGUACCUAGAUUCAGUCUUACGCUUCUGAGAAAACAUCUAGUAUGUUCAUGAUCAGUUAUUUUUGAGAGCUUAGUUGUUAAACAGUAUUUCCAUUAGAGAUAGUCAUCUUUGAUGAGUAAGACUCAAGAAUCACUAGGUUUAAAAUUUUAUGGCUACUUUAGGGUAGAAUAGUUUCUGCAGUUCUCAGAAUCUGAUUAUUUUGAGGAUAUGGUUCCGGGUAGAUUUUCUCCAGCUAUUUCAUAUCUCAAAAUGUUGAGCUUCAGUGCAAGCUGAAUUGAGAGUUGAACCAAGUACCCUUCUAAUCCAGUAUGAGGCCAUUCCACUUUGGCCCAGUGCCUUUCAGUGCUUUAUCAAAGGGAAUCCUAAAAUGGUGUUGCCUUUAUUUUCCAGGGAGUAGAUUCUUUUGAGGGAUAUGCCCUAUCUCAUUUUUUAUAGUGUGCUACCCCUGGUAUACAAAGAUAAUGAUAAUAAAUCACUGCCAUAUAACCUUGUUUUUCUAGAAACACUGCUCAUUUGUAUUGACCUACCCACCAAAUAGGUCUCUUGUCCCAUCCUUCCUGUAGUCAUUGUAGGUUCACAGGUUAGGUGGUCUAGUUUAAGGACUACCAUCCUCGAAUUAUCCAAGGAAACUGAAUACAUGUUAGCUGUGUUGUAUUUCAAAGUUAAAAACCCAUUUUUGUGGGGGAAGGGUGUGGUAUAAAGGGGGGUAUUUGUAAUAGAAAUUUUGAAGGUAAAAUAAAAUAUCCUGUCUUCCAGAUGGUAAACAUCUUACUUUUACAAGUUUAUUGCAGGUAUCUUUUUGACUAUGCCCAUCUGGAAAAGGGAAAUUUUACAUUGUCCCAUGGUGCUCCUCAUGCAUAUAUGGAGGUUAAGGAAUAUAAGGUGAAAUAUUUCUACUCGUGGUUUGGUGGUAACUGGUUAAUAGUUACUCACUAGCUAUUAUGCAAAAUUAGAUUAGUUCAGAUCUUUUUUAGAACCUUUUGGAAGAAGCAGUUUUAUUCUGACUAGGGCAGAAUCCUUUUUGGUGAUAGUUUCUAUAGUUCUCCUCAUCAUUAAGUCAUUUUACUGGCAUUUUAUUUAACGCUAGCAGAUUGGGAAGAUGAUGAAUUUUAGGUUACUAAGGUAAAUGAGUAUAUGAAAGCAAUUAUCUGCAAAAUCACUUAACUUUUUUGUAGAGGGGGCUUGGCUAAGACUAGCAGAUAAUAGCAUGAAGAAAUGCUGUUUUUUUCUUCCAGUUUUCAAAACUCCUUACUACACUAUUUCACUUGAUCUUUAUAGUAACUCUGUGAGAGGGGGUUAGAGGGAAGGAAAUGCUUUUUUUUUUCUUUCUAAAGGCAGACCUCAUCUUGUCACAGGUAGCUCUCUGUGAAUAGUUGCCUAAAUUCUGCUUUGCAAAGAUUACAGAAAAGAGGCUCUGAGAAUCUUUUGUGCAAGCCUUUCCAUUUUUUUCUGACAACUAGGUAACUUCUCCCAGGAUGUAUCAGGAAGGAUGUAUAUGGUUAGUGGCCGCAUUCACAGAAGCAUCCUCGGCUUGGCCUUGUCCCUAAGCACUUGUGCCAGUGCUUCCAGCUGUUGAUCUUGUUUAUCUGCUGUCACUGUGGAAUGGAAUUUUCUGCAUUACCCAGACUUGCCUUAUUUAAGCAGUAAGCCUUUUUAUUUUAGCCAUUUUGGGGAUGGAGUUAUUAAUGUGUAUAUCAGAGAACAUACUAGAUACAGUGUUUUUUUGUGUGUGCCAACCUGUCUUUGGAUGUCAGGGGCUGCUAAGGUUUUGCAGACUGCUAUGGUUUUGAAUGUUUACCUUUUUUCUUUUUUACACAGUACCUUUCAGUAUUCUCCCUUUCUGAGAGGUCACUUCGUGUGUAGCUCCCCUUGUAGUUUCUUCUUCGCUUUCUGAUUCGUUUUUCCAACUGCUUGGGCAAGAAACCCAGAUAACCAGACUUAGAACUACCUUUAAAACACAAGGACAAAUUGGGACAGGUCCCAAGAAACUUUCCUGUAAAGUACUGAAAAGGCCUUCAGUGCUUUGGUGUCUGACAUCUGUUUGACUGCUUAGAAUGAUUCCUGAUUCUUUGCUGAGUUCAGGUAGUUGAAAUAGGGAGAAGUGGGUCAGAUUCAUAUUUUCUGCCUUUGAAAGAUUUUGAAAGAUUUUGUUGCUUCCAUCUCAGUGCUGCUCGUACAAAAACUGGGGUUACAGGGGUUACUAAAUUAUCAUCAGUAGUCAGAGGCAUGCCUUGCCUAGAGGAUACCAGCAAAAAAACAAACAAACAAAAAAAAAAAACAAACAAAAAAAACCUAAAUGAACAACAAAAAACAAACCUUAGGAAAUGAGAGGGUUGUUUUUGUUUUGUUUUGGUGUCCCCUUUUGAGUCCUAUCUUGGGGCUUUCCUCCUCUACAGAUAUUUUUGACCUAUAGGUGCCUUUAUGAGAAUUGAGGGUCUGAUAUCCUGCCCCAAGGAGUAGCUAAAGUAAUUGCUAAUGUUUUCAGGGAUUUUAACAUCAGACUUGAAUGAAUGAAUGAAGCAUUUUCCUCCCUGCCCCCUCUCCCUCCCACCCUCCUUCCUUCCUUCCUUUCCUCCCUCCCUCCCUCCUUCCCUCCCCCCCUCCCUCCCUCCCUCUGUCUUUCUUUCAUAGGAAGGACUGAGGUGAAGACAAUCAUUUCUGUCUAUUGAUGUGGAUAGUUUUCAGUGUAUUUAAGAUGCUUUCACAGUAAGACUCAGAGCCCAUGUUCUUAUUCAGCCUAAAACUGGUGGCUCUGGGCUGGCACCAGGUACACUCUGGUUUGCACUCUGCCACUGAUUUGAUGUAUGACCUUGAGCAGGUCAUUUCCCUUCUCUGGGCCUCAGUUGCCUCAUCUGUAAAAUGAGGGAGUUGGACUAGAUGUGUUCUAGCUCCGAAAUUUAAGUGACCUUGCCUACCUCGCAGCAGUUUUUGAUUUCUUCCUUAGUUUUGCUCUGCUGUUUGAAGGGGCUUUUUACUUACUUCCAUGUUAUUCAAAUGAGAUUAGGCUUGAUAUUUUAUUACUAUUCUCCAAUGGACAAGAAGUUACAUAGUAUGUCCUUGAGACUUAAAUUUAACCAAAGGCCUAGCACCACCUUGCAAUAAAUACCUAGAAAAAGAAAAAAAAAAAAAAAAACUGAGAGGAAGGGAAAAGCCUUCAUUCUCUUUUCCCAUCAUCUAGAUUAAAGGUUUCUUAAGGCUUUUUUUUUUGAGUCAUGGCAUUCUACCUUUUGGGCUGGUGUGUGUGUGACAGCAUCCUCUUAAUGCUGUGUGCUGGUGAUUUUUUUUCAACUAAAAUGAAAUUGAAAACUUACUGUAAAUGCCUAAUGAUAUUAGAGGUCAUUACUUCUGGUCUUUGGUUUCUUAUCUCUUUUAUAAGUUGAAAACAGGGGAAUUCCUCUGAACCACAUCAAUUAAAAUGGUUCAUAUGAUAGAAGAAAACCAUACCAGUGGAUGAUCAUUCACUUUAUUCUUGGCUCUUUUUGGGUCCAUUUUGAUUAGAAUACUUUUGGGUGGAGCAUUCCUUUCAGAGUACUUUUCUGGCCUAUUCUUAGAUGAGUAUCAUUAAUGAACUUGUCUUUUUCAAGGACCUUGAGGACCUUCCUUGGGGGUGGGUUAAGGGUGGGGGGUUGGGGAGUCCUGGUAGAGGCCAGCUCUGUGAUAGCUGGAGAGGAAGGGAUGAAACCAACUGCUGUUGCUAUGGCUGCUUGUCAUUGAUAGAAGGACUCAUGGGCUUGGAUUGGUUGAAAGGCUAAACAUGGAGUUGACAGACUUCCUCCACAUAUUGGGUUCUGGCCAAUGUCUUGGACAUGUGAUUUAAGGGAAAAGUGUGAAUGCUUGUAGAUGAUGAAAACCUGGUGGGCUGCUGAACCAUUGGAGGAAGUGACUGGGGGGUGGGGACUUAUUUGGUCAUGGUAUUUCCCAACUCUGUCUCCUCCCCUAAAAUCAGAGGAAUGCAGCUAUGCCAAAACCCAGAGAAGAGCCACACUUAGCUUCUGCUUUUGGGAAAACUGGUCAGCUAAAGCUCCGGUAGUUCCUUUGUGGCUUUCUGUAUACUUUUGCCUGGUUGAAGUCUGUGGCUAAGAAAUAGUUGAACCUUUCCUGAGAACUCUGUAACAAAGUAUGUUUUUGAUUAAAAGAGAAAGCCAAUUAAA